CAUAGUCAAGCAGUUGAAACAUGCGCAAUCCGGCCGAAAAUGAGCUGCGCCGUAUUCACGUGUUCGGCGUGCGCAUGCGAAGAAAUCUAAAUUAGCUUGACAGCAAUCCGAGAACCUUUGGAAGUGUACCUUUUUCGAUUCUAUUAGCUCUCGAUUAAAUUAUCUAAUACACAAUAAAAGUAAAAUUAAGCAUGGAAGGGUUUGAGGAAAAUUUCCAAGUACUUGAAUGUGAACAGCUGGGAAGGUUUGUUGUGGCAAAACGCGACCUUUCUCGUGGGGAGCAGAUUCUACUUGAGGAACCGUAUGUGACCGGUCCAUACUGGGAUGCCGAUGUCAGUUGUUUGAACUGUUUCAGGGACUCGUGUUCCACUUGCCGACAGUGUGGAGUGGUGCCGCUGUGCUACGACUGCACCGAUCACGACGAAGCCGAGUGCAGCUUCUACCGCCAGUCCGGUUUGUAUAGGCAUUUCCUUUACAACCAUUUCAAUGUGGUGAUGCCGGUGCGCUGUUUGAUGCUCUACAGAAGCAACCGCGAGCGGUACCAUGAGAUCAUGUCGAUGGAGUCCCGGCUGGAAGAGCGUCGGGGAACGGAGAUCUGGGACAUCCAUGAAAAGUUUGUGGUGAAACCGUUGAUGGAAAGUGGGAUUUUUGCGGAGAAAUUUGAUGAACUGGAGGUUACUGGUGAACUGAUUCAAAGAAUCUGUGGACUGUUGGAUGCUAAUACGUUCGAAAUUCGUGGCAAUGUGGACAGCCGUGGAUCGCAGAUGGGGAACUUGGCUCGAGGUCUGUACCCCAAGACGACACUGAUGGUGCACAGUUGCAUGCCGAACACGUUGCUUUCGGUUGAUGGAUACUCAAACGUGAGGGUGUUUGCGACCGCUCCGGUGAAGAUGGGAGAAAUCCUGAAUAUUAGCUAUACUAGAAGCUUGUUUGGUACAUACGAUAGGCAAACCCACCUUCGGAAGGGAAAGUAUUUCGUUUGUACUUGUAGACGAUGCAAGGAUCCAACAGAACUGGGAACGCAUUUGAGCUCGAUCAGAUGCCUUGAAUGUGACGAUGGACUAUGUUCUUUUUACACAACAGACCCAAGAUGGGAGUGCAACAAGUGUCACAAAUUACUCAAAAGAGAGUAUGUUAACGAGGUACUAUGUGCCGCCCGUGAUGACAUUAUGGCAUGUCCACCAGAGAUUCGUGAUCUUGAACGAGUAAUCGCCAAGCACUCGAAAGUCCUGAACCCAUACCACUCGCUCGUGAUAGAGGCCAAGCAAACGCUACUGGGUGAACUGAAAUCAAUCUGCAUGUCAACCGAUGCGAUGGCCGUACCGAAACCGGUUCUCCGCCGUAAAUUCGAACUUUGCGAAGAAAUCCUACCGAUACUGCGCACUCUUGAACCGGGACUGUCCCGCCUGGUUGGAAUCGCCACGUACGAAUAUCAUGCUGCACUGGUCGAUCUGUCCCGGAGGAAUUUCGACACCACGGAAAUCAGGUCACAUGAGUUGUUGGACAACCUCAUCAAAGCGGAGGGUGAACUGAAGCAGGCGAUCAACAUGCUGCUGUUCGAGCACAGUAGUACACCGGAAGGUCAGCUGGUCAAACGGGCAAUGCGGGAGCUGAAAGAAUUGCGCGCAGAAAUUGCGGUAGUCCGAGCGAUGAUCGAAGACGAGAAUCUUGAAUCGCAGAGUAGUCGCAACCAGCGGAACAGCAAUUCAAGCAAUAAUAACUAUCGGAUUAAGUUUGGUAAGCGUCGGUAAGCUCUGUGAUGCCUAAUAAAUAACAUUUUACGAUAUAUCGUUUUUAUUGACAGAAUGAAUCUCUUAGAAAUACACCUUUGUAAAUAUAGGUAACUGA